AUUAAUCAUGGUUAAAAUCUAACCCUUCUUCCCAACACGAAAAUAAAAAUCCUCAUCCUCUCUUCUUCUUCCUCACUGUUCUCUCGUCAGCCUAAGCUUAAUCUCCUUUAAUGGUGUCUCAUUUCUGAAAACGAACUUAAAAUCUUAACGAAACUGUAGUAUCCGUCAAAAGGAGGAAAUUUGAGAGAAAAUUUUCAUCUUUUCUGUCAGAAGUUUUCUUUUUUUUUGGGGGGGGGGUAAUUAAUGCCGAAGAGAUUAGCGUAUUCGCUCCCAGAUGAGGUGCUGGAGCAUGUAUUCUCGUUCAUACAAUCGGAUAAAGAUCGGAACGUGGUAUCGGCAGUGAGUAAAUCGUGGUACGAGAUUGAGCGGUGGUGUCGGAGGAAGAUAUUCGUCGGGAACUGUUAUGCUGUGAGCCCUAAGAUGGUGGUCAGACGGUUCCCGCAAGUUAGAUCCAUUGAGUUGAAAGGGAAACCGCACUUCGCUGACUUCAAUUUGGUACCGGACGGCUGGGGCGGUUACGUUUUGCCGUGGAUUACGGAGAUGGCUGUCGCUUACCCUUGGCUCGAAGAGAUUCGGCUUAAACGGAUGGUCGUCACGGAUGAAAGCUUGGAGCUUAUUGCUAAGUCAUUUAAGGAUUUCAAAGUAUUGGUGCUUGCUUCUUGUGAAGGGUUUUCAACUGAUGGACUUGCUGCCAUUGCUGUUAGUUGCAAGAACCUGAGAGAGCUGGACUUGCGAGAAAGUGAAGUGGAUGAUUCGAGUGUGCAUUGGCUCAGCCAUUUUCCUGAGACAUACACAUCCAUGGUGUCUCUUAACAUUUCCUGUUUAGGAUCAGAUGAAGUUAGUUUUUCAGCUUUGGAGCGCCUGGUCAGUAGAUGUACGAACCUCAGGUCCCUUAAGCUCAACCGCGCUGUUCCCCUUGAUAAGACUGCGAACAUAUUACGACUUGCACCGCAGCUGGUUGAAUUCGGCACUUGCACCUAUUCGGCUGAGCUACGUUCAGAUGUCUUCUCAAACUUGGCUGGAGCUUUUUCUAAUUGCAUGGAACUAAGGAGUUUGUGUGGGUUUUGGGAUGUGGUUCCGGAUUACCUUCCAGCUAUUUACUCUGUCUGCUCUAGAUUAACGUCACUGAACUUGAGUUACGCAACCAUACAAAGCCUUGAUCUCAUCAAGCUUGUAAGCCACUGUCCGAGUUUGCAGCGCCUAUUGGUACUUGAUUAUAUUGAAGACAGUGGCCUUGAAGCACUUGCAUCUAAUUGCAAGGACCUGCAGGAAUUACGGGUUUUUCCAUCUGACCCGUUUGAUGCAGAACCAAAUGCAUCCUUGACGGAACAGGGCCUUGUUGCUGUUUCUUUGGGUUGUCCUAAGUUACAAUCAGUUUUGUACUUCUGCCGCAGAAUGUCUAAUGCAGCUCUAGUCACAAUUGCUCAGAACCGUCCAAACUUGACCCGGUUUCGUCUUUGUAUAAUUGAGCCAAAUACAACUGAUUACCUGACCGGAGAGCCAUUUGAUGUUGGUUUUGGAGCCAUUGUUGAGCAUUGCAAGGAUCUCAUACGGCUUUCCCUGUCCGGUCUCCUCACAGAUUGCGUGUUUGAAUAUAUUGGAAAAUAUGCAAAAAAGCUGGAAAUGCUAUCCGUGGCUUUUGCAGGAGAUAGUGAUUUGGGACUCCAUCACGUGCUUUCAGGGUGUGAAAGCCUACGGAAACUAGAAAUUAGGGACUGCCCCUUCGGAGACAAGGCUCUUUUGACCAAUGCUGCAAAGCUGGAGACAAUGCGAUCCCUUUGGAUGUCUUCCUGCUCCGUGAGUUUCGGAGCUUGUCAGCUGCUAAGUCAGAAGAUGCCGAGGCUGAAUGUUGAAGUUAUAGAUGAGAGGGGACCUCCUGAUUCAAGACCCGAAAACUGCACAGUUGAUAAGCUCUAUAUCUACCGAUCUGUGGCUGGGCCAAGGUUUGACAUGCCUCCUUUUGUUUGGACGAAGGAUGAAGAUUUGGCUUUGAGGCUUUCUCCAUAGAUCUCAUUUGAAGUAGUCAAACUAUGGCGGCUCAUUCGAUCUCAAGAACAGAUUAUCAGGUACAUGCUCCAUAUGUUUCUCAGUGUUGCCAGAUCAAUCUUAUGUAGAUUAAUAUAGUUGCAAAUCUGGUUGGAGUGGGAACAUAAUAUGGAGGAUAUACGAGGAUUGAGAAUACGCACUGUAGUAAAAAUGUAUGCUCAAGCAAUUCCAACAUAGAAUUAAAUCAGUAUAAAACAUAAUUAGAUGAGUAAGUGAAAAUAAUUGGAUAAAACUCAUUUAUGACAUACAUGUUGGAAUCAAAGAUCCGUGCAUCGCAAUUGUGCAUGGUUGGACUCGGAAUGAUGUUCAAAGACUUAGGACAUUAAAAGAUUCAAGGCUUUCGCCAUAAAUAUUCCCAUGCCUUAGAGGAUAUACAUGUAUUUGGCAUUUAGAUAUUGUUUAAUUUGAUUUUUUUUUUUUACAUUGAGGGUUAAUCUAAAAUAAAAUUAUUAUUUUGGA